GCGGGUUGAGAAAAUCAGCUCUUCGAAUGCGACUUCGGGCGUCUUCGGCGGUUAUCGACGCUCUUCGUGCUACUCUUAACUCGUGCUCGUACCUCGUACUCGUGCUGCCUCGAGGCUCGAGUCAGUCGUUGACGCGCGUUCGUUUGUGUUGUUUCGCGUAUUAAUGGUGCUUCAACUCUCGCAAGAAAGAUUCGUCGCCCAGGUCAGAUAUCGAUAGGCUGUCUUAUAUUUUCUCGUGAAGACCAUCGCAGCAACAUGUGUACAGAUACGAGAUUACUCACCUGCGCAUCGUUCUUCUUGGCCGUCGUCGUCCUUGCGAUCGCAACCGAGGAAACCGCGUCCAACUAUGAAACAGUUCACACGAGCAACGCGGCGAUCUUGAAUCGUCUAGGCCUGGCACCUCUUCAAAUCCCAGACGGACACCACAAAAAACGUUUGGCCGGUCCCGAGCCGCCUGGAUUGAACUCUCAGACACGGAUUCAUCAGCCUUACAGUCGUCGCCACGGUCACCGGGACAGUCACGUUUACAUAGUGAAGCUUCCAGCCAGCCCGCCCUAUUACACGAUCACGAAACCGCACAAAUCCGUGAAAGACGAGAUGGCGGCUAAGACUGGACCGAAUUUCCCCAUGGGAUUUCAAGGUAACGGCAAGCCGGCGAAGAUUUAUCACUGGAAUUUACCCAUCGUAAAGAAAAUCAGCGAAAAGAAGAGGCUGCAGACUCAACUGAAGCUGGACCAUGCUAAAAAGAAGCUAGAGGAAGCGAAGAAGUAUCAAAGUACGUCGUUGAAACGUUUCGGGGAAGACGAUCAUUCGGAAGUCCCGAAGAUUAGUCACGACGUGCAGGAGACUAAGAAGUAUUACAGCGCCAAGAAUAAUAAAAUUGCCGUGCGCCAAAAGACGAGCCCCCCGAAACACCCGAGGAACAACGACAAGAGGCUGAGCUACCCCGAACACGACGACAAGAAGAGCGAGUCAUCGAAGAAAAACAACAGCAACGCCGGCAACAAAAUGUACAGGCUGAACGAUUCCGGCGUGCACAGAAUUCACCUGACGAACGAACUUCACGGCUCGAGGAACGCGGCAAAGGUGAAGAAACACCGGAAGAAGGCAGCCAUGUCGUAUUAUGCGCCAAUUGCUAGCAAGUUCGGCUCCACGAGCAUCCACAAGAACUUUCCCGGAAAUGGCAAGCCUAAGGCGUUCUACGUAAUGGAGAAGAGUCGCAAACCUGUCUACUAUCAUCCAUUAUUACCUUAAUCCCCGAGUCCAAGUGAACAUGUGUGUAAUCAUGUUACGUGUUAACGGCCCGUGAGCUUGUUAGCCUAAAGUAGUCGCGUAAUCACCACGGCGAGACAAGAACAGGGGCCGUUGUUUCGUACGACGACGAUGAAAUUUUGUAAACGAGGGCGCGACGGGAGGGAGAGAGAAAGACAGAGACUAUGAUCUUUCGAUUAAUCGUCUUCACUCGAGGUUUACGCGUAUCCUGCAAACCCGUUCCACUUUCGUUACAGUUGUUAGGAGGUUAACUUAGGUUGCCGGAACUUUCUACGAAAGGCGAACUUAAAUUAGGAUAGCUUAAGAUAAUCUGCGACGCCUAAGCCGAGUACUUGAUACGCUCGGUGCUUGAUCGGGGUCAGAGUUGGACUUGUUUUAUUUCGAAUAACGAAUAAAGAACAACGAAUGAAAUCUCAAGAUUUAUUCGUGAAUAACGAACAAUUUGACAAAAGAAUGACUCGCUCGAAUAUAAAUUAGAGAUCCCUUAUUCGCGUGUAUCGAAAUACCCGGGAAUAUAAUUAAUGGAUCCGUGUUUUAAUCCGUGUAUUUUUAUUUCACAGG